CAGCAGGUGGCGGUAAGCAGCUUUAACUUUGGCUCGCAAUAGCCACGAAGAAGAAAGUGUUCCGUUAUCACUUCCGCAACAUCUGACAGUGCAAUAACAUGGAUACUAUGGCCGAAGUGAGUCAGGAGAGCGGGUUUGCCGGUGAAAGCGGUGCAGCCAGGAUCCAAGAGCGGCUCCAGAAGCGGCACCAGGCGAGAGCAGAGGACGCCGAGCGGAGGAGGGAGGCUAAAGAGAGCCGGUCUGUGGCGGAGGAGAAGGGCGAGUAUUUCUCCAGCACCUUCAACACGGAGCGGGCGUCCAUCGAGGAGCUGCUGUCCGGCUGCUCCGGAGCCGAGCGGGCUGUGGUGACUCAGAAACUGGAGGAGGCGACGGCCAGAACGCUCCAGCUGCAGAAGUUCCUGAACGACAGCUUGUUGUUUCUGACGCAGUACGAGCUGAGCAAAGCCCAGGCUGCUCUGCAGAAACUCCAGACCUCCCUCACUGAGAUCAGAGAGGAGGCUCUGCCCAAGAAGAAGUUCACCUUCCGGGCUCGAACCAAGGCAGCAGAUAAAGCUCCUGCACCUGUGUCAGACACACCUGAUGCAGGCGCACCUGCAGAUGCUGGUGGCACCGAGGUGGACGGAGCCGCAGCCCCAGAGCAGUGUGGCUUCUCCAACAUGGACGACAUGUCUCUGACAAAGACAGCUGAGGAGAUCCAGCAACGAGACGUGCUGCUGACUCACCUGACCAACUGCAAGGUGCGUCUGUUCGGCUCCCCCAGCACGGUGCACCUGAAACACAUCGACAGCUGCGAGAUCCUGUGCGGACCUGUGUCCAGCUCAGUGUUCCUGGAUCACUGUAGGAACAGCACCCUGGCCAUCCCCUGUCAGCAGCUGCGGACCCACAACACCACGGACACACAGGUGUAUCUGCACGUCACCAGCCGGGCCAUCAUAGAGGACUGUAGCGGGGUGAGCUUCGCCCCCUUCUCCUGGUCUUAUCCCACCCUGGAGGAGGACUUCGCCGUGUCUGGCUUAGACCAGGAGCGGAACAACUGGAGCCAGGUGGAUGACUUCAACUGGCUCGCUGCGGGGACGCCGUCCCCAAACUGGACUGUUAUUCCAGAAGCAGACAGGAGAACCAAGUGGGACCCCUAGAAUCAAACUUCUUAUUCAUUUUCCAAAGGAGCAUGUGUUAGCCCAGAUACACUCAUGUAGUCUUGUUCAUGUUAGUUCACAAUCAUCAUUUGCGUCCAUGAACAGCACUUACAUUAAUGUUUAGUGCAGCAGUUGUUGGCAGAUGUAACUCAGAGCAGGGCAAAUGAGCAGUUUGUAUGAUGAGAUUAAAAAUCCACCUGUUGUAUCAGCCAAAAUCACAGUGGGACUCGGCUGAGACGGUGUAUCCACCUGUUUGCCAAAUUUAAACAAUAGUUUUGAUUAUCGCAGCUCAUAUUUCAUUGCUUACACUUAGCAAACGGUUGAAACUAAAAAGCAAAAUGCAAAAGUGAGUGAUGACUGCACACAGAGAAAACUGGACUCUCCAAAUUAACACUAAUGCCUAUUUGUUCCUGUGGUAUCUCAAAAUUGGUACAUAUGUUCAGCCAGUAUUAGUUUAUCACAGAUAUAUUGGUAUUGUAUUUUCAGUUCAGAAAUGUUAAAUAAAACUGUGAAACGUCUUGUACGGAACAUAUCUUGCUCACAAUUAUUUAAAAAUCAAAUGUAAGGCAUUCUCAUCAAAACUCUUAGUUGAACCUGUGUGUUUGCCCUACAUAUACACUCAGUUGCCGGUUUAUUAGGUACACCUAGCCAGAAGUCAUGAAGGUUUUGAUGGUAAUUUGAUGGCGAUUCAGCUUUAUCCUCCUGAGACCCUGUGUCCUCAUAAGGACAUCAUAUUAUGGGUUUCCUGCACCUUAUACUUAAUUCUGUUUAACUUAGACCUGCUGUCCUUGUUCGCGGACACUUCUUUGUGCCAUCUAGUGGUAGUCAGAUCACAAUACACUGAUCCAUGUAAAAACAAGAUGGCAGCCAUCUCUGCCAAGUGAGUCUGCAGCUGAUCCUGACACAAAAGUGGACAAGGUCCAAACCCUGAUCACAUUUUAUGGUUAAAAAUUGUUUAUUUAUGAUUCAUAAUGUUUGUAGUUUGAUAUGGCAACAAAUUUGACCAAUUUUAGCAACAGUAACAAGCUAAGACAUUGUCAAUUAGGAAGUAUUCAUUUGAGGACAUUAGGACUUUAUUGUCGUCUCAUUUGAGGACAUUGGGACUUUAUUGUCGUCUCGUUUGAGGACAUUGGGACUUUAUUGUCGUCUCGUUUGAGGAGAUUGGGACUUUAUUGUUGUCUCGUUUGAGGACAUUGGGACUUUAUUGUCUUGUUUGAGGACAUUGGGACUUUAUUGUUGUCUCGUUUGAGGACAUUGGGACUUUAUUAUUGUCUUGUUUGAGGACAUUGGGACUUUAUUGUUGUCUCGUUUGAGGACAUUGGGACUUUAUUAUUGUCUUGUUUGAGGACAUUGGGACUUCGUUUUUGUCUCGUUUGAGGACAUUGGGACUUUAUUAUUGUCUCGUUUGAGGACAUUGGGACUUUAUUAUUGUCUCGUUUGAGGACAUUGGGACUUUAUUAUUGUCUUGUUUGAGGACAUUGGGACUUUAUUGUUGUCUCGUUUGAGGACAUUGGGACUUUAUUAUUGUCUCGUUUGAGGACAUUGGGACUUUAUUGUUGUCUCGUUUGAGGACAUUGGGACUUUAUUAUUGUCUCGUUUGAGGACAUUGGGACUUUAUUAUUGUCUUGUUUGAGGACAUUGGGACUUUGUUGUCUCGUUUGAGGAUAUUGGGACUUUAUUAUUGUCUUGUUUGAGGACAUUGGGACUUCGUUUUUGUCUAGUUUGGGGACAUUGGGACUUUAUUAUCGUCUCGUUUGAGGACAUUGGGACUUUAAUGUUGUCUCGUUUGAAGACAUUGGGACUUUAUUAUCGUCUCGUUUGAGGAGAUUGGGACUUUGUUUUUGUCUCGUUUGAGGACAUUGGGACUUUAUUAUUGUCUCGUUUGAGGACAUUGGGACUUUAUUAUCGUCUUGUUUGAGGACAUUGGGACUUCGUUUUUGUCUUGUUUGGGGACACUGGGACUUUAUUAUCGUCUCGUUUGAGGACAUUGGGACUUUAUUAUCGUCUCGUUUGAGGACAUUGGGACUUUAUUAUCAUUGACAAUAUUUUGUUUUUUAUACGUAUCAGGUCCUACUGAUCCCAAAUAAC